GCGCAUAACAACAUUGAGUAGAAAAUGCUCAAAAGCUUGGUUUUACCAAGUUUUUCAUAAUUUAAUGGAUGAAAUGAGAUCGCAAGAGAGAAUGAAAACCAAUGGAGGAAAACCACCAUCUGGAAUCCUGAACAAUCUCAACGAAGCCAUAAAUUAUGUUGGGAGAGAAGGCAUUGUCGAAAUUCUCAAGCAGAAUCCAGAUUCAGUGAACCAGAAAGGAUGGAAUGGUAUGACUCCACUUCAUCACAUCAUACUGAAGGGGGACAUGGAUCUUAUGGUGCUUUUACUACAACAUGGUGCUAAUGUUAACUGCUCCAAUGCUGCGGGGGAGACCCCACUGCACUUUGCAUGUCGACGGGGCAACCCUGUCAUGAUCAAGACCCUGAUAGAACAUGGCGCAGAUAUGGAUGCUUUGGACCUCAGUGGCAAAAACCUCAUGCAUUUUAUAGCACAGGGAGGGAGUGUAUUAGCAUUUGCAUACAUGCAUGAGGUGUAUAACUUCCCAUUAGAUGGUGCUGACCUGAACCAACAGACACCUCUCCAUAUUGUCUGUUUCCAUGGCAACAUGGAGGCUUUUAGAUACCUUACCAAGAUAGGGCGCAGUGAUAUUCAUCGUGCUGACAUCCAAGGCAACACACCCAUGCACAUCUGCGCCCAGAGGGGUCAAAGUCUACUCUGUUGGGACCUCCUCACAAAGGGAGGCUGUAAGAUGCUGCAUGUUGUCAACAGAGCAGGGUUUAUUCCAUUAGAUUUAAUACUCAAAGAGAACAAUAUAAGACACAAAAAUAUGAUAGGCUAUAUGACUUACUAUACAAAGAAAGGGGAUCGUAACAGCAUACCAAAAGGUCCAACUUUGGCAUGGUACUGGCACCUUGCUAUGCCUAGCGUAUUGUACGCAAUCAUCAUUGCCAUAGCAACACAGUUCAGUAACCAGGGCUUGGUAGCAACAGUUGGCAUGGUGAUGUUGUUAGUAACACUAUAUCAGCACGGGCAUCGUAUUAAUCAUGUUGCCAGAUGGCCGAAUCCUAUAUUUAUGGGGACCUUUGGAGCUGGGCUCUACCACACAUUGGUCUGCUGCUUUGGUGUCAUUCUUCCUAGGAUCUACAUGGAUCACACUAUACUUACUCUCAUGGCAUUGCUAUUGGCACCUGUCUUGGUAUGGUCACACUAUACACUCAUUACUAGAGACCCAGGUAUUUUACGUCAGUCAUCUUUGAAGCCUAAUGGAAUAGAUCAGUACAGUGUAAUAGAUAUCGCUUCUGGAGAGAUUGCCCCUGGGGAUUACUGUUUUGAUUGCGAGAUUGUGCAAACUGGCCGGAGCAAACAUUGUAAACUAUGUGAGGUAUGCGUGGCAGAUAUGGAUCACCACUGCCUUUUCCUUAACAAAUGUAUCGCUAAAACCAACCACAGACUCUUCGUUUUAUUUGUGGCAGCGUGUGUAACAUGCAUGCUGCUCUUCAUCUUUAGCACACAUUGCUACAUCACUGCCAUCUUUACAAACACUUUUCAGUAUGACCUGCCAACUCUGACACUGAUUUUCAAAAAUCAUGCCUGGGUUUUUAGUGUGUUCCUGUGUAAUAUAUUAUCUAUUAUUUGGGGCGUGAAUUUACUUAAGUUCCAGUUAGGGUUAAUUGCUAGAGGACAUUUAACACGUGAAGUCUUAACUAAAGGCUAUCUGAAAAAUGAAUCUCCAAGAACAGCUGAAAGAUUAAGACAUCUCACUGAUUUCUUCUUUGGACGUGGACCACAUUCAGGUGCACUACACAGAGUGUAAAAUCUCCCUGAAGAUAGGAGGCAAUAUGAGUACAUAUUACAUACCCAGUGAAGUAUUUUUAUUGGAGUCAGUGGAGCUGAAGGUCUACUAUAUAUUCUUGUUUAGCCGCUAAACUUUUUUCCACAUGUCUAGGGACUAUUUUCUAAGACUGCAAGCUACAUUGUUGGGCUAUAUUGAUGACAGACUUCGGGCAAAUAUUCAAUGAUAUGGACAUAAUGGCUAAAUACAUGUAUGCUACGGCCAUGUUCAAAGACUUUAACGUGGCUCAUCUUUAAUAUAUCUGCUAAAUCCAAAUUAAAUCAUAGCAGUCUGUUACUCAUAAAUCAAUGAAAUAUCAAAGCUUGCAAAUUGCAUGUAAUAUAGUAAAUUGUUACCAAGUGGAAUGGAUUGCCAUUAUGACAGAAUUAUAUUUUAAAAUUGAUAUUAGGUUCAAUAUAUUUAAUGGUACUGUGAUGGAGUACCAUAAUGGCAGAAUGAUAUUAGAUGUACAUGUAUAUUAGGCUCAAAUAUAUACUAAAU